AUGAGCUGUUUUUCCUCCUCCGGAUCGACUCAGCGAAUGUUCCAGCUAAAAUUUGACCUGCUCACCGGCAACUCGGAAUGGUUAGUCAUAGAAGAAAACGAAACUGCAGAAGUCGGAAACCGGAAACCCCUCAUCGGUACUAAGUCGUAUCUAGACAUGCUAAAUGACACCCCGCGAAACAAAACCUUCCGUCAAGCAAUUGAGAAGACCACUAAACCUUGCCACGUUCUUGAUAUUGGUAUAGGAACUGGCUUGUCAUCCAUGAUGGCCGCUCGGGCAAUGAGAUUUGGUGAUUCAGAGGAGAGCUCUGGUGCAAGUCGUACCUUCCCACAGUGA